CACGUCAUCCACACAAUGACUGAACCACCUUCAACACCUCGUCACCGGUACCUUAGCCGUGAUGAGCGUAUAGCGGCGCGCGCCCUACGUCAAGCAGGUCAUACCUAUACCUUUAUCGCCAACCAGCUAUCUUGUACGGAGAGACAAGUUGCCUACGCAAUAACUAGAGAUUGCGUCACGCCCAAGAAACGCUCCGGUCGCCCACCUCGACUCAGUGAUGCCCAGGUUGAUCAACUUGAGGCGUUCAUCCGAUCCUCGAAUAGUAAUCGGCAACUGAGCUAUCUACAGCUUGCGCAGGGUCCUUUUCAACACUGGAAUGUUGGUGAAUACACAAUAAGGAGUGCUCUAAGAAGGCGUGGAUACGCCUUGCGUGGGCACAAGCUUAUAUCAACUGGCGACCAUGGCAGUGGUGGAGGAUCCUCUGGAGCGACCAAACAUGGAUAACUGUUGAAGCUUUAAAGAACAAGAUGAAGA